UAACAAAAAACAUUCCAUUUGUCUAUUUUUAUAAAAAAAAAAAUGAAUGAUUUGCCGCGAUGUCUCUUUUUUCUUCUAUUAUCGUCGAAAGUAGCGGAGAUGAUCGAUGAUCGCGAUGCAUUUUGAGUGCGAGUGUGUGUCAUAUCUCUCUGCAAGCCGAACAGAAGAAGAAGAAGAAGACGAAAGUUGCAAAAAAGAGAAAUGCAUGUCACAAAAAGAAGAAAAUGAGAAUGAAAAUGAUAUAAUCGGAAAAACGUUACUUAGUGUCUGCUGCGAAGUGAAAACAACCGGGUUUGUGGUGUGAUAUAAUAUUUUCUCCGCGAAUUUUGUGUCUGCAAACGGAUAUCGACGACGAAAAAAAAAACGUGUUACGCUUCCUGAUACCGAUCGAGAGAAAUAUUUGUCACUCACACACGUUAUUUUAAUAAUCGCCCGUCACUCAAAUUAACUAGGAUGGAAUUUAAUGUGGUUAAUAGCAACCACAUGCCGGAAAUUUUACUUGGAACCGACGAAUCCAACAUCUAUCUGAACGAAGAUAUUCACACACACCAUCAUGAGGAACAUGCGGGGGGAAAUAUUUGGCAUGACGAUGAUGAUGAAGAGAGACCGUCGAUCGACGAUGUUGCCAACGACAUUGAAAUUAUCGCCAUCGAUCCGAAUCAGGAGUAUACGAGCGACGAAGAAGGUCAAAGUGACGACGACUACAUGAGUGUUUUUGAAGAAGAUACUGCCGAAGAGUCGUCGUCCCUCAUCACGAUCGAGAAUGUCAAGGCGGCACUUCAAGCAAGCGGACAUAGUCGCGUUUCGCGCCAAUCUAUGUCAGUGCCGCACUCGCCAAUGCGCUACUCCAUGGACUUUUCCGGGAUCAGUUUCGACGAUUUGGACAUCCAUUCGCAUUUCCCCGACUUGCUGAUGCACAAUUCGCGUCCCCUGCCCCUUGUAGAUACUUAUGAUGCUGUAAAAACCUUCGACUUAGCCUCGUAUAUAACGCAAGACGACAACUUCGAGGUGAUAUCACCGUCGAAAAUUCUGCCGAAUCGGCAUCCCUUUGUACAGGAAGUUAAUUUUGUAAAUAAUAGCUUAAAUACGACGCCCGUUAAAGCGGCGGAAAUGCGUUUUGUGUCGCCCGCAAAGCCCCAAAAUGCAGAAAUCGCGCAACAACAAACUGAAUUACCAACACAAAUGGCAUCGCGAAAACGUCGUGCAUGUGUACUGAGUUCGAAACGAAUGCAUUAUCAGGUGCCAAGUAGCAGUGAAGAUGAUGACGAGGACGCGAACGAACUUGAGAGCGGUAGUGGUGAUAACAAUCACGAAGAGUCGAGUGGCGAUAAUGCUGUUGUCGGCACUUUCCCCAACGACAAUUUCGUGGAGAUUGAACGCAUUGAUAACACAAAAGUCGAUCCGACGUGGAUGCCGUGCAGCGGAAAAGAGCAAAAAUCAUCAAAAACGACGAAAAGUCAAAAGGUCAAAGAACCGAAAAUCAAGAAACAUAAGUCGGCGCCCACGCCGUUAACGGUAAAAUCGAGCAGCAAAUCGAGUCAAGCAACGUCGAGUAAAAGUGUGUCGCAGCAAACAAAAAAUCUGUUUAAGGUUUGCAAGAGCACGACGAGUCGUAUGCUGAAUGCCAGCCAACUUCCAAAGGAGAAAAUUCAUAAAAUUACAAAACCACCUGUUGGCAAGACAAUUAGUCUCGACCAUGAUUAUUGCUCAGCAAAGAGUCAAAAGUCUGAAAUGUUCAGGAAGGUAUCUAAUCGCAAAGCAAUCGAGAUACCCAUCAUCGAUGCCACAAUCGACAAGAAAUUAAGUCGCAAAAAAGAGGAAAAAUCCGCUAAAAAGCACCCUGUAGAAGUUGCUUCAAUGGGAACGCAAAAAUCAUCAACGGAAGAGGCAAAGGCGCCAACAACGACAAAUCCAGCUGCCGUUUCGGUAAAACGAAAACUUAAUUUAGCAGAAUAUAUGCAACGAAAAGAGAGCCGACAAGCAGUUGAGCCCGAAAAGGAAGUAGAAAAUCCAAUUUUGGCGGCAAAACGAAAAGUCCUGCGGAAACAAGAGUUAUUGAAGGAAGCGAAAAUGAAGGAUAUGGAACCAAAGAUUGACAAUGUUCCUCUUUUGCCGAUUUUACCGCUUGCGGAAAUAACGGGAUAUGCUGAAACAGAGCCCGAACCCAUUCGAGUGCUACUGAAUCCGGAUUAUGAGGAGAUUGUCAUCGUUUCGAUGGGCGUAAAUACGGAAAUUUCAAUUCCGCCAGCAGCUGACGACGAAAAAAGUCUUUUGGCGUACGUUAAUGACACGAUAAAGAAGGUAAAAGGCAGCAACGUCGUCGAAUUCAGCAAUUCGCUCAUCUCGAGUAUCCAAGAUGUCGUCUUGAAGAAAGGAAAUGCGAGUCUUCCCGCCGAUAUCGGGUCAGAUUCGGUUCAAACGCCCGGCAUGUCGCCCGGAAAACCCGAAAUGGCGAACGUACCGAGCUGCGAUGACGACGAAAACACGAAGGAAAGCGAACACGGCGAAGACAAAGUCAUCAUGCAUUUGCGGAAAAAUCGCCCGCGCCCUGAAACGCGUUCAACUUCCAUGCAGACACUUGAAGUGCCAUCAUUUGUACCUUUGCGACGUCUCUCUCCGUUGCCGCGACAACAACAAGCCGCCGCCGUGACAACGCAUCGAUCACGUCGCUCAAAAUCCCGCGGCGAACGACGUUCCUCGAGAUCACGUUCAAAGCAUUAUUAUCGGCGAAGUGCGUCGCGACACUCAUCAUCGCGAAAUAUUGACGGGUUUGAGCAAUUUCGUCGAAGUCGAUCGCGGCAACGAACGUUGUCACGAAAUUCAGAAAGUUCAACUUGCUCUUCGGGAUCGUCGUCUUCGAGUAGUUCAAGUAGUACAAAUUCAUCGUGCGACGGCACUUUCAAGCGAGAUGUUUCCCCGUACAGACCGAGUCGCAAUCAUCUUUAUUACAACAGCGCUUCGUCACGUCGUUCGUCGAGCAGUUACUCGUCGAGAUCACGUUCGCGGGAAUCGAUUCGAUAUCGAGCCGUUUCACGAGGUCAUGAGCAAAAUCGAAGUAUGCGAAAGCACGAGGAUCCAGAAAAACGGAACAUUGUGUACGUAGGACAGCUUGAACCAGAAUUGACAAAAGAGCAACUUCGCAAGAAAUUCAUCUCGUAUGGGCAUGUAACGAAUGUCAGCAUCCAUAUGAAAGACAAUGGCAUGCGUUAUGGCUUUAUUACGUUUGAGAAACCUCAGGAAGCGUAUCGUGCGAUUGAUACGAGCAAAAAUGAUCCGUUGAUGAGCAAAUAUGAUGUUAGUUUCGGCGGAAGACGUGCCUUUUGUGGCUCUCAUUAUGCCGAUCUUGAUGGCAUCAACAGCUACAUCAAUUACCAUCAAAUUUCUUACCCCAUUGAGCCAUACGAGUCAACGGUGAAAAAACACGAAGAAGCCGAAUCCUUUGAAGACAUGCUGAAGAAACUUAAGGCUAGCAUUAAUGCUAAAAAGCCAACCACGUCAUGACAACUGGAAUAUCAUCAUCAACAACAAAACUUACCGCGGCCUCUGUUCAUCUAAAAAAAAAAAAAAAAUAUGAAUUUAGAGCAAUUCUUAGAACUUUUUCUCAUUUAAAGACAUUUUUCUUGUCACAUCAUUUCUCAAGUUCAAAACUUUUUCUAAAAAAGUUGCCAUUUCUUACACAAAAACCCCUCUUUACACAUACAAAAAAUAUUGAAUUAAUUGCCGAAUCAAACUUAAAUCAGAAAAAAGACAUUUUUCACACAAAAAUCAUUUUUUACCAUAAACUUUUUCAUAUAAAAAAAAAAACAAAACAAUAAAACGAAAUAUCAAUAGAAGUGCAUGAAACCCAAUAGCUAGAAGUAUGUAAAUAAAAUAAAUUUGAAAUAAAUUAAUUUGAUAAUUUAUUUGAAAUUCCUGUGAUUAAAAAAACACGACAACACUCAUAUAAUUAAAUAAUGAUUUUGCGAUACCGUUUUUUUUUUAGAAAAAACUUGUAAAUUUAAAUAAAUGGAAAGGAAAUCGAACAGCAGGAGAAAAUGAAUCGAAAAAAGUAAAUUGGAAUGUAAAUACAUUUUUUCUUUAUUUUUUUGGUGAUUAUUUUUGGAAAUUACAAUUGUGAAUCAAAAGUUACUAAUUAUUAAAUAAAAUUACAUAUUAUUAUUCUUAA